CAAGUUAUUUUCACACAGUAGGUCAACCACAAAGAGGAAACUGCACCAUCACCGACACACAAGAGAAAAAAAGGAUCACACAACGUCUGCCGACAGAGAAUGGACACAGAAUGUCUCUACUGGAAUUAUUCCUUAUUUUUGUGCUUCAGUUAGAAGCGGGCGUCAGUGGAGUACUCCCUCUCUACAAAGUACCUGGACAUGAUGUCACUCUGCCCUGUGCCAGUGCAUCAUCGUCUGACACAACAUGCUCCAUGGUUUCAUGGCUUUACAACAGAGAUCGAUCUCAGACUUUUUCUGAGGUUGCGAAUGGAAAUGUUGUGAAGAGCUCAGCCCGAGCUGCCAGGCUGAGUCUGGACACUAGCUGCUCUCUGGUCCUUAACAACAUCACUGCUGAGGAUGCUGGUCGCUACACCUGUCGGCAGGACACUGAUCAGGAUGUAUGGAUACAUCUCGAUGUUCUGACAAUCUCUCCAUCUCCACCAGACGCUGAUCCAAAGAGGGACGGUGAAGUCACAUUAGAGUGCUCUCUGUUGAGAUACAGCGGUUCUUGUCAGCAGAACAUCAUCCGCUGGGUGGAUGAGACAGGAACUGUGCUGCUUGGUGAAGGUGUUGGGUACAAGUUCCUCGGACAGAUGAACUGUGUUUCUGUUCUGACUGUGAAGCAUCAGAGUGGCCACAACAGGAGAUACUCCUGCCAGUUUGUUAAUAAGGAGAACAAUGUAGAGAUAGAGGCUGACUACACACCUGUCUUCACAGAUCCCACUUUUGAUCAGACCUACAUCAUAAUCGGUGCAGUGGUCGGGGUGGUAAUAGUGCUGGUUGUCAUCGCUGUUGUUCUCAUCAAAUACAGGAAGAGAGCCAAAGUGAUAGAGGAUGUUCAAAAACCAACCCAACACCCUGAUGAGCUGGAGAGCAAUCUGACCUAUGUCACUGUUAGCCAUGCUAAUCAACAGGCCUCUCCGAAAAAAAAGGUCAAAGAGGAGGAGCAGGUGACUUAUUCUGCAGUCAAGUGAAGUGAGAAGCAGACAAUGAUCCCAGCAGCUUCAACAGCUAUGUCAGCAAACCAAAAUAAAUUAGAGAAAAUUAGACUUCUCAUAUUCAUAAACCUGUUUUCUGUCUGUUAGGGAGUGGUUUUGUGUCUCAGUGUUCUGAGUAGUUGUUUUGAGUUUGUGUUGGAAUUGCUCUGCUCAGCAUUAAGAUGGCUGUUCUAUUAAAGUGCACAGUGAUUGUAGAAGGGCUUGAUGAUCUAUAACUUUGCCAGUUUAUGAUUUUAAAAAGACAAAACCCAUACACCAGGAUUUGCAACAUGAUUAUUUCUUGUCACAAGUGAAAUUAUAUGUUGAUAUUGCUAUAGAAUUCAUCUUUAUAGGUGAGCAAAGAGAAUUUUUUGACAAGAAGAAAAAGCUGCAGAGCAUUACAGUUUUUAUUGUGUUCAGUUUUUCCAAAUAUUUCAGUCAAGUCAAGAUGUUCAGUUUUGCAACUAAAAAUAAUGACCCUGAAUGUUAGAAUAUGUGCUUGCUGUGAACUUUUUUUGUGAACAUAUUGUAGCAUCCAAGUGCGCCCCAACUUGUGUUAUUUUGCCAGUUGAGGCAUUUUAUUUUGUUGUAAAUUUGGGUUAUAUUGCACUGCUAUGAUAUCAGGUAAAAACAUUCAAAUGGAUAUUGCUCCACAUUGUGUGUUUAGCUUGUCAGUAAUAUAAAAUAAAAGUGACUCACUUGA